AUGUCGUCUUUCAAUCAAAUUCAGACAGCUUGUGGUGCACUUGGUUAUUUCGAUGGUAAAACUUACUUAAAAGAUGAUGAUUGUGAAGAUGCAUUACGUAUUCUACUUCGUUGUCUUAGAUAUGAAAAUGAACGAAAAGAUGCACGGUUACAAAUGCUCGAAUCAAAAAUAAUAGAAAAUGAUCUUAUACCUAUUCUUAUUCAUUUGAAUAGUAAACAUGAUGCAAAAAUUAUUCAUCAUGCUCUCAAAUUACUCGUUAAUUUAACAAAACCUCCAUUGGUAUGUUUCGAUGGAAAAUUACCAAAAGAUGUAACAUUAACAAAUGUUUAUUUAAAAAUUGAAUCUCAUUUACAAAAAACAAAAACUGUUUCAAAUGAAAAACUCUUUGAUUUUCUUGUUGAUAAAGUUCAACCCGUACUUGAUAUAAAUUGGCUUGAUCGAUCAGAUGAAGAUGAUUUCAUUUUACAUGCAGUUUUUACACUUGUACGAAAUAUUCUUUCAAUAAAAUCUGAAAGACAAAUAUCAGAAGAAAGUGAUAUUAAUGCCCAUGAUCUUGUUCUAUGGUCAAUUCAUAAGAGUAAUAUGGAAAAUUUAAUAUUAUUUUGUGGUAAUAAGGCUCAAGGAGAUGAACGUAUUAUGAAUAUUCUUGAAAUUGUUGUUUUAAUGUUACGAGAACAAUCUGCACAAGUAUUGGCUUAUACAGGUGAACAACAAGCAAAAAAACAACGAGAAAAGAAUAAUGAUCGAUCAACGUUUGGCGGCGCUACAUAUAUUAUGUGUAAUGCAAAAGGUAUUGGAGAAAAUCAACUUAUUUGUCAUCGACCACUACAAAGUCUUAAUGCAAUGGAAUUUGAUCGAGAAAAACGUCGUUUUCGUCGACCAAAAAAUCGUGCACCUGUUAAAAAUGAUUUAGAUGAUUCUCAAUAUCAUCAUUCAGCAUUAGGCAUUCGAUUAUUUCUUCGAGAAUUUUGUUUAGCAUUCCUAGAUAAUUGUUAUAAUAUACUUAUGCCUCGUGCAAGGGAUAUGAUUAUUAAAUCUACAUGUUUACUUAGUGAUGAAACAAAUUUUUUUUGGGCAAUAAGAUUUUUUACAGAAUUUAAUCGACAUGCACAUACAUCAAUUGAUCGAAUAAGUGAAACAUUACAAAUGAAUACAUUUCAUUUACUUCAUACAAAAAAUGAUCAUUAUAGAGAAAUGAUUAAAAUUGAUAAACCUGAAGCAAAACUUUGGGCAAAACGAUUACAAAUAGGCUUUGGUGCUUUUAAAGAAUAUAUUCUUUGUGUUAAAUCAAUGUUAACAAAUCCUAAUGAAGUUAUUGUUCGUGCUGCAACGAUUAUCAAAAAUAAUAUUUUCUAUAUGCAAGAAUAUCGUGAACAAAUUUAUAUUUUACUUAAAGAUUAUGAUAAUACGAAAAUGAGCAGUGUUUAUCUUCAUGAUCUUAUUGAAAGUACUCAUGAAUUUCUUAAAAUGCUUGAAGAACAUACAUCAAAAAUAAAGCAUGUUUUUGUUCAACGUCGUCGUACAGCUCGCAAAUCAGCCACAAAGAAAAAUACAAAGAAAAAAAAGAAUGAAAAUGAUGAAACAAAUGAACCACCAAAUGAACAAUUAGAAGAAGAAUGGCAAAAUCAAAUAUCUGAACGAUUAUCAUGUUUAUUACAAGGUUUAGAAGAAGUUACUGUUAAUAAAUCAGAUGUGUGUCCAUUUGAUGCACUUUCUGAAGUUCCUAUUGAUGAUCAAAGUAUUACGGCUGUUGCUCGAAUUCAACAUGCAUUACGAACAAAUAAAUUAGAUGAAGCUAUUGCAUUAUUUCGUGCUUCUCGAGAAGUUUGGCCAACAGAAAAAACAUUUGGUCAUGAAGAUAUUGGAGCUGAAGAAGAAUUUAAUUUACUUCGAGAAAUUUAUAUGACAUCAAAAAUGGAUAAUUUAUUACCAAAAACUAGUGAUGAAGAUGAUGAAAAUAAUGAAGAAGAACACGAAGAAGGACAUGAUGAAGAUGAACAAGAACCAAUACAUACAAUUGAACGUGAAGAAGAAUUUGACUUUAAAAGAUUUAUAAUACGUUUCGCACAUUCAAGUAUACUUUCAUCAUAUAUUGAUGUUCUUCGUACAUAUACAAGCAAUACACCAUAUUUAAAUCACUGUAUAAUUCGUAUGUUUUAUCGUGUAUCAGUUGAUUGUAAUCAUCCUGGUAUACUUUUUCAAAUGUCAUUAUUUCGUAUGUUUCAAAAAUUUCAUCUUGAUCCAUUAGCAAAAUCACAACAAUUUUCUGAAUUAUUACAAUUUGGUACUUGGUUAUUACGUAAAUUUUUUAUAGCAACACAAAAGAAUCCAUAUAUAUAUGCUGAAUUACUUUUUUGGAAAGAUCGAAGUCUUGUUGAAGAUAUGCUUGAUGGAUAUCGUCAAACUACUCGUACGAAUGAAGGAGAAAAGAAAACGAAAGCAGCUUCAUGGUCAGUUGAACAUCAAAUUGAAUUACGAGAUUUGUUUAGAAAAAUUAAAGAAGAACAAGCAGAAAAUAUUGGACUUGAACAAACUGAUAUUGUUGAUCGAAUUAUGUCGGAAUUAACGGAUAAAACAAAGACACGCCGUCAAAUAAUAAAAGAAUUAAAAAAUCAAGAUUUAAUUAAAAAUAUUAAAGAACUUAAACUAAGAAAUCGUCGAUCAAAGAAAAAUGAUUUUCUUGAUAAUUCAAAACUUCUUGGUUCUGAUUCAGAUGUUCCAGAUACGGAUGAUGAUGAUGAUGACAAUAAUCGUUCUAUUGAAAAUAAAUCAAUUUCAUCUGAACAUGAACAAGAUAAAACAAAUGAUUCAAAUUCAACAUCUGAUAAUAUUAUAUCAACAGAAAUUUCUUCUAAAAACAUUGAAAAAGAAGUAGUAGUAGAAGAAGAAGAAGAAGAAUCAUUACCUAUUCUAACAAAACACAGUCGUAAAUAUGAAUCUUCAUCAAUGUUCAAUGAUAAUGAUAACGAUGAUGAUGAUGAUGAUGAUGAUAUAUCUUCAUCGCGACCAAUAAAAAAAGCACGUCGUCAGUUGGCGUCUUCAAGUGAAGACGAUGAUUAG